UGGGUUUCCCUCCUUGUGUCCCAUUCAAGUUCUCUCUAGCGGCGUCUCUUGAUCUCCUCCUCUCUCGCCCUUUCCUUGCCACGGCGCCACAGAUCUAUAAGGCAGCUCCCGGAUCGUCGCCAUCGCCAUCGCCAUCGCCGCACUAGGUCAGUCACGACGAUCGCAAUGCGGCAUUGAUACCCUCUUGGCCUAUUUUUCUUUCUCCAAGGAUGGCUCACAAAUCGCCCUCGGCGGAGCUUCUUCUGCGAGAUUCCAGCGCUUUCCAGCAGCGCCAAGCUCUCCUGGGAAAUCAUUCGCCCAGUAAUCACAGUCGAGCGUCCUCCGCUCCUCCUCCAGGCGCCGGGCAUCGCCGGGAUCUAGAUGGCGAUGACGAAGAUCUGCAAGAGCUCCAGCAGCAAGCUCUGGGCACAUCCCAGGAGACCACUUCCGCCAUCCAGAGCUGCCUCCGCGUGGCCGAGGGUAUGAGGCACGAGGCGACGCAGACGAUCGUCCAGCUCCACGAGCAAGGCCAGCAGAUCCGGCGCACGCACGAGUCGGCGCUAGUGCUCGAGCAAGAACUUAACAAGGGAGAGAAACUUCUGGCCAGCCUUGGAGGCAUCUUUUCCAGGCCCUGGCGGCCCAAGAGAGGCCAGGAAUUGAGCGGGCCCUUGGACUUCCACCACGAUAAUCCAGUCCAUGCUGCUGCUCAUCCCGAUCGGAAAGAGUUCUUCGAGGGCAAUGGAGCGGCUCCGAAAUCUUCGUCUUCGCCUCCUCAGCACGCCUCGACGUUUCAGUCCCACGUCCAGGAUGAGCGAGCCAAGCAGGAUGAAGCUCUCUCGAGCCUGAGCAGCGUCCUGGAUCAGCUCAAGGAGAUGUCCGCUACCAUGGGAGACGAGCUUGGAAGGCAAAACGAGAGCUUGAGCCGUCUCCACGGCGACGUUUCGGAGCUGGAGUUCCGCGUCAAGAAUGCAAAUCAACGCGAACACCAGCUCCUGCACCAGUGAUGAAUCAAAGUAAUCGAGAAAGGAGAAAGAGAAUCUUGGCUGGAAGCUGGACGAUAGAACUGAAAAUUAGUUAGCUCGCUCACUUCAACGUGACAACGACGAUGGUUAUAUCA